AUGCAGCUGGAAUUCAUCCAUUCAGACGCGAAGAACAGGAAACUGACCGAUGUGGAUCGUCGUACUAUUCGCAGGAUAUCCAGGAAAGUCGGCGCUGCCGCAAGCAAAGAAAAACUAUUAGACUUGAAAGCCACAACGAAGAAAUCCUCUAAAGCUCAUGUCGCACCGGUUAACGAAUCACUCGAGUUGAUUCGCGAGGACCAAAGAGAUAUCCAGGCACACAAAAAGUAUUUGCGUGAAAAGCUUGCUGGCCCAGGAUCUAUACUGACCGUCGAAAAUGCUUUGCCAAUUGAGCUUUUGACCAUAAUGCAGCCUGACCUCAUCUCGAGACUACUUCAAUUGGCGUCAGUCACAGACGCGCUUUCCAACCCGAAACGAUGGCUCAAUAUAUGUCGCCUGGCUCAACAAUCUGUCGUUCAUGUCCUUCCUCAACGGUAUGGACACAGUGGGUGCCUGGACGAUGCCAUUGCUUGUGUUGGAAGCCGUCUUCACCAGUGCUUCAUAACGGAGGAAAAUAGACUUGCAUGCCAGCGACAGGUCGAGAAAGAUUAUGUACGCGCACUUCGAAGUUUGCAGGCGAAACUCAAUUCUCCCGACAGUGUCAAUUGGGAUGUCUGGUAUGCGACGCUGCUGUUGUGUCUAUUCGAGCUUCUUGAGUACAACGAUAUGCGAAAUUACAUCUGCCAUGCUAGAGGUGCAUUCAAUGUGCUUCAUGCUCUCGGACCCGCCAACAUCGUCUCAGAAGGCGAGAAAGACUUGCUCAUAGCUCAAGCCGAAGUCAUGAUUCUGGAAGCAACAUUUGCGGAUGUAGACUGUUUUCUGAGCACUCCUGAGUGGCAGACAGCUCUUGAAUCGGCGAUAAUCCCAGACCUGUCAACUCAAGAUCGAUCUGAAGCAGUGGUGAGUUUAUGGAAGAUCAAUGCAUUUUGCCCUGGGGUGUUCAGAAGAGUCACCAAUGCAGUGGUUCAUCAAGAUCUCACAGAGAAGAGCGCCAUUGUAAGCGAGCUCCACGGGCUCCUUGACGACUUCACGGAUUGGAGUGUCAAAUGGGAUUGGGUGCUGGCAGGCGACCACCAUCAGAAAGUCACCGACGCCCUUGAACGUGAUACGGCUCUGAAGAGAUCGAAGCUUCUAACAAGAUAUCUGGUAUUCUUGGCAAUGACGAACCGUUUUCUCAUUGCGAUAGACCCAACAUCAGCUUCAUAUGCGGAAAGCGCCGCAGUCACGGCAGCUGAGUGGAUUGUGCAAAUCGCAGACCCACAGACAACCGAUUCUGUCAUGGGAGUGGGGAUGAAACUCGCUUCGCUACUUGGAAAGUCUAUAAUAUCGACCACAGAUGACUGGGCACAACCAGAUUUGCUGCCAACACUUGAACCCGAAAUCUUUACAUCUUGGUGUGGGAUGCUUGGGCGUCCCACUUGA